AUGGCGCCUAGGUUCGAGAUCGCAGUUGGUCUGCGAAAAGGCCAUAAAACCACUAAAAUAUCUGCCGGCAAAAAAGGAAUUACUGACAAAGCCAUCAGAAUUAGACCAGCUAGGCUUAAGGGUCUCCAAACUAAACACUCAAAGUUUGUGCGUGAUCUGGUACGUGAAGUUGUUGGACAUGCACAAUAUGAGAAGAGGGCUAUGGAGUUGCUUAAGGUGUCAAAGGACAAGCGCGCGCUGAAGUUCCUCAAACGCCGCCUGGGCACACACAUCCGUGCGAAGAGGAAGCGUGAAGAGAUGAGCAACGUCCUCGCCCAGAUGAGGAAGGCGGCCGCCCAGGCGCACCACGCCACCACACACACUAAG